GGGUUACUCGCAGCGGUUAGAUAGAAGUUUCUUAGCCUCAUCGCCUCAUCGCCAGACAUUCAGGAAACAGAGAACCCGCAUUUCGGUUCGCCUGUGGUUCAUUAGUCUCUAGGGUACGUUCAGAUCCGUCUGUGCAUUUGAGUGCUGGCGAUUUUCUCAAGUCAUCAGCGUGAAUCGUUAUUGCGCUCGUCCGCUUUCCGCCCACCGUCCCGCGAAUACCCACCCGCCAGUAUGCCCGCGUUAGGCCUUUCCGCCUCUGCCCCCGCCACCGCGCGCCACCGCGUCCCCGCGGAAUCCGCGCACUCGCGCCUGCGGGGAGAACGCGCCAGUCUAUCGGCACGGCGGAUCGCCGCCCUUUCCUCGCUAACGUCAUCCCGAUCAGCGGCAGCGCGACGCGCAAGACUCGCGAUCCGCGCGUCUUCUGGAGCGGGAGACGCGGCGGGAGAUGCGGCGGGAAAUGCGGGCAGGGGAGGGAUGACGUACAAGGAGGCGGGCGUGGAUAUCGACGCGGGUGCUGAGCUGGUGAGGCGCAUCGCGAAGAUGACACCUGGCAUCGGCGGAUUCGGCGGGCUGUACCCGUUUGGUGACGACUACCUUGUAGCGGGUACGGACGGGGUGGGCACGAAGCUGAAGUUGGCUUUCGCAAUGGACAAGCACGACACCAUCGGCAUCGACCUGGUGGCAAUGAGCGUCAACGACAUUGUGACGUCCGGCGCCCGCCCUCUCUUCUUCCUCGAUUACUUCGCCUCCAGCAAGCUGGAAGUGGACCAGGCGGAGCAGGUGAUCAAGGGCAUCGUGGACGGCUGCAAGCAGUCGGACUGCGUGCUGCUCGGAGGGGAGACUGCGGAAAUGCCCGGAUUUUACGCGGAUGGGGAGUACGACCUGAGCGGGUUUGCAGUGGGAGCUGUGAAGAAAGCUGCGCUUAUAGAUGGAUCCAAUAUAAGGAAAGGCGAUAAGAUCAUUGGGCUGCCGUCGUCCGGCCUCCACUCCAACGGGUUUUCACUCGCUAGAAGAGUGGUUGACGCCAGUGGGGCUGCUCUCUCAGACCCCCUCCCAGGCGCCCCUGCCGGUGUGACUAUAGGGGGCGCUCUGCUGGAGCCCACUGUAAUCUAUGUGCGCCAGGUGAUGGAGAUUGUAAAGGGGGGAGGCGUGCACGGCAUCGCGCACAUUACCGGGGGAGGCUUUACUGAGAACAUUCCCAGAAUCUUCCCUGCGGGCUUGGCGGCAAAGGCGGAUAUGACUGCCUGGGAGGAGCCUCCUAUUUUCAAGUGGCUCAGAAAGGCCGGCAAUAUCGCUGAAGAUGAGAUGCGACGUGUAUUCAACCUCGGCAUUGGCAUGGUGCUUAUAGUGGAUGCCGAGGCUUCUGAGCGCAUAUUAGAGAGCAACCCGACGGCCGUGCUUGUAGGAGAGGUGGUGGAAGGGGAAGGUGUUAUUUUCUCAUAACCUGGCAUUGCAACAUUGUACGCGUAGAGAAACUGAAUAACUCAUUGUGGGUUGGCAUAGAUUUCGAUGAAGAUGAGAUGUGGCAUGUUCUCACGCUGGGCUCAAAGGCAAAAGGGCAGUAGGGGUUGGUGGACCAGGCUUCUAAGCACAUAUUAGAUGGAACCCUUCACCUGUGUUGGUAGUAGUAGGCGAGGUGGUGGAGGUGGGGGGAGAGUGAGUAUUCCUUGCUCACAAAUUCGAACGAUAGCAUUGACUAUAUGUGAUCCCGCUAUAGCA